UGCAAAAUCUGCCCCACCCACUCCAAAACGAGUGAGGCAGCAAAUUGCCUGUUAAAACUCAAGCAAAAUGAGUAUCAAAAAUUAAUUAUAAAGUUUAGGACAGCUCAUGCCCUUGCUAAAUCACACCAGAGUUUUAAUUUCUAUAACACCAUCUGCCGGUUAGACAAGGUCAAGGGCUUAGAUGUGGGAAAGAGUUACUUAAACGACAAAGCAGCAGCCUCUUUCACUAAAGCCAUUGCCGAAGUUACUAGGCAAAAAGUGCUGCAGAAACUUCGCCAGUCACCUUUUUUUUCUUUUACCAUCGAUGGAGCCACUGACUUUACCGGAGAGGACUUGGAAAAUAUUUAUGUCAGAACUUGUAUCCAGGGGCAGAUACAGGAUACAUUCCUGUAUAUUGGAAGCGCUGAGUCUGCAACAAGUAGAGACAUUCAUAACCUGAUAUUAAAAGUAUUCGAAGAAUAUGGAAUUUCCGAUGUUUUUGAGAAGAGGCUUGUGGGAUUUUGUGCUGACGGAGCCUCCAACAUGCAAGGCCUCAAGUCUGGACUAGCUGCACUGAUACGGGAGCAGCAGCCAUACUGUAUCAUUACCCACUGUCUUGCUCACCGGCUUGAGCUGGCUUUCAAGGAUGCCAUCAAAACAUCAUCAACCAGCAAACUGUAUGACAAAACCUUGACGCUGCUGAUUGGGCUGUACUAUUUGUAUCGUAGAAGUCCAAAGAUGAAAAAACAGUUGAAGAAUGCAUUUACCACAAUGGAGAUCAAACAGGUUCUGCCCACGAGGAUUGGUGGUACGAGGUGGUUGCCCCAUAUGGAGCGAGCCAUCAACGCUUUUUUGGGUGGCUACAGGGCUAUCCGAGCUCAGCUCGAGACCGGAUCUCACAACAAUCCAAAGGCAGAGGGACUGGCGAAAUUGGCAUCAGAUGGACACGUGAUCAUCUACAUCCUACUACUGAAGUCUGUUGUGCGGCAUCUCCAGAAAUUGUCCAAGUAUCUGCAGACUACAGGACUUUCCUUAGCUGAUGCUUAUAAUCGAGUGGCUGCAACCAAGACAGUCCUGCUGAAUAUGAUGGGCAGAUUUUGGGGACAAAGAAGUGUUCACCUUAGUGAACUAUUUCUCAACACAGCUACAGAAUGUGGCUAAGGAUAUCUCCAUGGAGGAUUACAUGGACGAAUGGCAGAUUCUGCGAUCUCUGGUGUACAAGAGGUAUGCUACUGAGCUGCAAAGUGGGACUCUGACAUUGGAAAAAGUUCUUAAGGGUUUGGCAAGUCAGAAACUGAAUAAUGUCACCGGGUGCUGGAUCUCUUGGGCUCAUUACCACCAACAUCCGU